GGUCUUACGAGGUCCUCAGUCUGAUUCAGGACAUGCUUUUCUGUGAGCGCUGCAGGCAUCGGACACUAAUCGGUGUGAGACCGCUAUAACUUUGUCACAUUGUCUCCUCAAUAAUAUAUUAGGGACCAGCUGAUCACAUUUUGCCUCCCUUCCUCUGUAGCUUGCUAACCUGCUUUCUCGUUGAAGACUUCGCUUUACUUCAUGUGAGAACUUACCUUGCUGUGGUUUCAUUUGCGUAGCUUUAGGCGUAGAGAGGUGUUAAUCUUGAAGUUGAAGCCAGCUGAUCUUGCAGAAAGAGUAGAUAACCUGGAUACACAGCUCGCCUCUUACUUCAACCUAUCGGUUAAUAUCAUUUGCCCGAUACAGCAUAGAGAAUUCACUUCUUCCUAGACUUAGCUUCUUCUAGCGUUGUUACAAGUUAGCGCGUCAUUCUUCUUGAAUAUGGCACUUCAUCUUUUAUUUGAGGUUUGCCUCCAACUACUAUGAAUAUUUUAAGCUGCCAUUGACACAAUUAUAAUAUAGAUCAUCACUCCGUUCCGUAGCACGAGGCUUUACAAAAGAGGAUGGACAUCGAAUCGUUGCGAAAGAAUCCUAGCGCCAAUCAGAGGCGGAUAGCGGAGGUGAAGCGGCAGCAGCGAGAUCUCAUUCGCCAACAGAGGGAAGCAGCUCAGCAAUGGCAUGAGGAGCUUAAGCCAGGUAUUGAUUAUAUCAAAGUCGAGUACUUCCUUUGGGAGAUACACCUGAGGUUAGUAUGCUCCAUCUUUCUGCUACCAGCAAUUGUGUCUGCAGCGUCAUUACGACAAGGACAUGAUUUUAUUAGAGUUACACAACUUCUGCUAUUACAAGAAAGGUUAUUAUCCAUGAAAAUCGACAUAGAACUUACGACUCCUCAAAUACAGCUAGUAUAUUUAUCCUGGUGAAAUUUGUUGUAUCAUUCCGCCAUCCUUCAGCAAACAAAACGCAGACGACGAAUAUCCGAAAAAUGCGCGUCGCCGUUUUUCUCUCACAGCAGCCAGGACAGAUAGAAUAUGGUACUUUUGACCAGCUUCUGAUAUGACUUUUUAGGCAAAGAAGAAUGAGCAUGAUAUAGAUUCUAGGCAAAUAUUGUACCGAAUUUUCCUCAUAAAGCUUCAGCAUGAAUAUUCAUGAUAUUUUUGAUCCUACGGAAGUCAAACUUAUUCCGUUUCAUGAAUGCACGCAACAGGCCAGACACCGCCCGAUUUGACGCAGGCUUCGAACUAUCAGCGAAAGACUCAGCAGAUAGAGCAGUUGCAGAAGCAGAUUGAGGGUUGUUCCUCAGAAAUAAAAAGGUUGGAGAACGAGGAGCGACGCCUAAACGCUGCCCGAGCCUCUGAGCUGAAGCUUGGCUCGAUCCAGGAGUGGACUCGAGCUUAUGGGGAAGCCAAACGAAAGAUGUCAAAAACCGAAAAGUGGCUCUCCUAUGUGAAACCGCCAACUAAGCUUAUCGCAGGUGCGACAUCGAAAGACGGCACAGUGCAUUUUGAUGGCUUUCAAUCGCAGGGGUCAGCAUCCAUGCGACGGGGUAUGCUGACGAGCUAGCGAUAGGUGACGUUCAUCGUCUGAGGCAUAAAAUUCAUGCGCAUUUUAUGCUCAUCGGGCACAUAGUGAAUUCUUUAAAUGGUCCCUGUUUCCAUAUUUCAUGUACAAUACAUAGUCAUAGCUCCAAGAAAUAAAUGAGAAUCCUUCCCCAACAAGGUAUAACAAACUCUAGUGUGGCUCCCCAUGCCAAGUUUUUUUGUACAAGAGCACGAGUUCGAGUGCCGCGUCCUCACUUGCGGUAUAUAAAUCGCCGAACUGAAUAAAGAGAGCAAAGGACUAGGUAAAAACCGUUCCUGACAUGAUCAUCUUUUGACACGUGUGUUUUACUUUAAGGACAAACGCUUUCAC